AUGGACAAGAAACAUUUUGCUGUUCUAGAAAACCAUCCUGGUGUGAUGACCACCUUGGCUGACCGUCUCGGUCUGUCGGGUGAACUGGCCUUCUAUGAUGUAUGGUCAUUGGACGAUGCAUCUCUACUGGCACAUAUCCCCCGUCCUGCCUUGGCCCUCCUCGUCAUCAUCCCGCUGACUCCAGCCUGGGAAGCCACACGUCGGGCAGAGGAUUCAGCCUCGGGCCCAUACCGAGGACAAGGUGACUCCGGGCCCGUCAUAUGGUUCAAGCAGACCAUUGGCCACGCCUGCGGUUCCAUAGGCCUUCUACACUGCGCUGUCAAUGGUCCCGCUGCGAGAUUCAUCCGUCCGGGCAGCGACUUGGACACGAUUCGUCGUAAAGCCAUACCGUUGGGCGUGGCCGAAAGGGCCGAGAUGCUGUAUAACAAUGAGGAAUUCGAAAAGGCUCACCAGUCCGCAGCCACUCUGGGAGAUACAGCGCCGCCUUCGCUCAACGCGGCAGACAGGAUGGGUCAGCACUUUGUGGCCUUUGUCAAGGCCGACGAUGGCCACCUCUGGGAACUUGAAGGCUCACGUCAGGGGCCUCUGGACCGCGGCAAGCUUGGCGAAGAUGAGGAUGUUCUCAGCCAACGUGCUCUGGACCUUGGCAUGGGCAGAAUUAUUCGGCAUGAACAGGAGGCUGGCGGGACAGACUUGCGCUUCAGUUGCAUUGCCCUUGCCCGUCGAACGACGUAG